AUGGGAGAUCACAAGAAAGAGUUUUUCAAAAUGUUCUUGGUGAUUUUGGUGGUGAUUGCCCUCUCCAUCUUUGUCGUUAAGAAUCUCCCAGGUCGUUGGAUUGAGUCUAAAGACGGUGAUUUUCCGCAGACGUUUUUGGCACAUGUUGGAAAACAAAAAGAUUGGAGCUUUGCCGUACAAGAGACCCUGUCACGAAUGUUGACGGCGUGGUGGGACAAGAAAUGCGGGGGCAUUAUUAUUCACAACGAUAAGCAGUACCAGGUGAUUUUGUUUGAAAACGGUCCCUUUGGCCCUGGCAAGGUAGACGGUAUUCCCAUGAUCAAGGCCAAAUGGGUCAAAGCCAAAGAUGAGGCACAAGCCAGAGUGCUGGCUCAACGCUAUCUGAGAUAUGAGAUGAUUUCCUGUACCGAUGAAACCUUUGAUGUUCUGAUCAAGCAUCUGUCAGUGUGUCCUCGCAACGGUCAAAAUGUUGGAGCCAAUGGGGCAGUGGAGUUUCAAGGCUUUUUGUCACCUGUGAUUCUCAAGUAA